AGGAGGAGGAAGGCGGAGAGGGGAGCAGGUGAUGUGGGAGCCGGCGGGGACAUUUGCCGGCGACACCGAGCGUGGGCCGGAAGUGGAGGAGCCGAGAGCGGCGCCGCGACAGCUCCGGGCUAGACCGUGGCGACGGCGGCGGCCCCUCGGCUGGAGGACGAUGAGGAGCGACGGAAGCGGCGCGGGGGGACGCUGCCGCGCGGCGCCGGGUUCCGUGUCCGCGGCCCACUGCGCAGCCUGCGAGCAGGUCUAAGACACUUACGGAGAGCUACAAUGGAAAAGUCCUGGAUGCUUUGGAACUUUGUUGAAAGAUGGCUAAUAGCUUUGGCUUCGUGGUCUUGGGCUCUGUGCCGUAUUUCUCUUUUACCUUUAAUAGUGACUUUUCAUCUGUACGGAGGUGUUAUCUUACUUUUGUUAAUAUUCGUAUCAAUAGCAGGUAUUCUAUAUAAAUUCCAGGAUGUAUUGCUUUAUUUCCCAGAACAGCCAUCUUCUUCACGCCUCUAUGUUCCCAUGCCCACUGGUAUUCCACAUGAAAACAUUUUCAUCAGAACCAAAGAUGGAGUGCGUCUGAAUCUUAUUUUGAUAAGAUACACUGGAGACAAUUCGCCCUAUUCCCCGACUAUAAUUUAUUUUCAUGGGAAUGCAGGCAACAUAGGUCACAGGCUACCGAACGCAUUGCUUAUGUUGGUUAACCUCAAAGUGAAUCUUUUGCUUGUUGAUUAUCGAGGCUAUGGAAAAAGCGAAGGAGAAGCGAGUGAAGAAGGACUCUACUUAGAUUCUGAAGCUGUGCUAGACUACGUGAUGACUAGACCUGACCUUGACAAAACGAAAAUUUUUCUUUUUGGCCGUUCCUUGGGAGGAGCAGUGGCAAUCCAUUUGGCUUCCGAAAAUUCACAUAGGAUUUCAGCCAUCAUGGUGGAGAACACGUUUUUAAGCAUACCGCAUAUGGCCAGCACUUUAUUUUCAUUCUUCCCGAUGCGUUACCUUCCUUUAUGGUGCUACAAAAAUAAAUUCCUGUCCUACAGAAAAAUUUCUCAGUGCAGAAUGCCUUCUCUUUUCAUCUCUGGACUCUCUGACCAGUUAAUUCCACCAGUAAUGAUGAAGCAACUUUAUGAACUCUCCCCGUCUCGGACUAAGAGAUUAGCCAUUUUUCCCGAUGGGACUCACAACGAUACGUGGCAGUGCCAGGGCUAUUUCACCGCCCUGGAGCAGUUCAUCCGAGAAGUAAUAAAAAGUCAUUCUCCUGAGGAAAUGGCAAAAACUUCAUCCAAUGUAACAAUUAUAUAAUGUUUCUUCUUUUUGAUUAGUGCACUGUAUUUUAAUUUUGCAGAAUGAUAAAGAAUGUUCCUUUCUAGCAGUGUGUUAUGUCUGUACUUGUCUGAAGAGUGACAUUAAACUUUGAAAGGACUUCAGUGCUCCUUUGAGAUGAUCCAAAUAGUUUUUUACAUUUGAAGAACUGGAAUUCUUGGGAUUCUUUCAUACCUUUUCGUCAAACCUUUCAAUGUGGUUAUGUGUCCAUAUCUUUAGUUUAAUAUGCCAGUAUAAUAGCAUAUUGUAUUCAAAAGUUUCUUGUUGCUAAAAGGGUGUACUUCAUGUGGCACUUAGAUUCGUGGCCGGGUGUGGAAGGAGAUCUGUCAACGAGAAACCUUUGGGUAUUCUUUAUUCCUUUAGCAAGUACCGGGACAAUCGUGGUAAGCAAACUUAGUUCUGUAACUGCAUUCUUCACCUUAAAAGUUAAAAUGAAAUGCAUGAUGGUAUUUUAUUCCCUGAAUUAUGCAAUGCAUUGUUUUUAAUGUAAAUAGUACUGGUCUUCGACCGAUGUAUAUGGUAACCUGGGUUAUAUCUAUUUUUAUGUAAACUCUAUUUUGUUUUCGGCGAGAAGUGACAGUGAGGCCUGUGUGCAGAUUGUCAUUGAAGUUUGCUCUGGUGAAUGCUGAGAUCCAGCUUUUUCUUACAAAUCACUGGGACCCCGUUUUCCAAUAUCAACGUACCGUGUUUUGUUAGGUACGGUCUGGAUCAUGGCAUGUAAAAAUAGAAAUUUAGAAUUUUACUGCAGCUUUGAUGUGCAUAUUUGAACUUUUUAACAUUUGUAACUUUGGUGGCAAAGAGAAUUUUAGCUUCUGUCAAUUUUGUAAGUCUACAGCUGAACCCCUCACAGCAGUCAUAACGACCAUCAGAACUUGUUUAAGAAUUAAAUUAGCAAGUCCUAUCAUUCCAUGGUUGUACAUACUAUUUUACAGAAAUUCCCACACUUGAUUUUUAAGUCCAGUGUCUAGGUAUAUCAGCCCACGAAAGCCAAGGUAUCAUUUAUUGGACUUUCUGAAAAUAAAAGUUACAAAAUCAAAAGCAAAAAACCUGUUCUUUGGUUUAAUGUUUCAGUUGUUCUUACAGAGAGCAUUAAAGGACAGUUUCAGGAAGUCGCCUUUAUUUUUCUCCUUCUUGUAGGAGUGUGGGAAUGAAGGAACUCAAGAACUUUUUCUUACAGAACCUAUUACCACAUUUAACAGUUAAGUGGCUGUAAGUGAGAAGUAGUAUUUAGACAUAGAGAAGAGUAAGAAAAAUCUUACUUUAAAAAAAAGCCCCUUAAAAUCUGCAGAAUAUACUUUAAAAAAUACAAGCUACGGGGUAUAAUCAUGCUAAGUUGUUUCAAGCUGUCCUUAGAAAUUAGACGUAAUUGAGCUCUGUACCUUAUGUCAGCUUUAACGUAGAAUAUUUUGAAUGUUUUAGCUAUAUUUAUUGGCUUUGUGCAAGCAGCUAGAGCAGAGAAAUCAGGGGUCAAUAUUCUUGACCUUAAUUUUAGACUCUUUCCAUGGAGAUGGGGCUAGAGAUACUUUUGCCAAAUAACAUUCUUAUUCACUUUAUGUCAGUAUUUAGAAAAAAAUUAAUCCUAGCAAUUAUGAUUUCUAAAAGACACUUUUUCUAUAAGUUAAUGUUUAAGAGUCAUGCUUUAAGAAAAAAAAAGUUGGUAACGCAUAUCAUGGGAGAUGUAUUUUUAUGUAUACAUCCACCACAGUGAAAGGAUGCCUCUCUUCUUGUCCAUCACUGCGCUGUAGUGACCCCCCACACAGUGGCGCCUUCCGAAGAAACAAGUUACUACAGCAAAAGUCCAUGUACUUAGGCAUGAGCUUACUUGGUGCACCUCAGCUUUACCAUCUUUAAGGUUCAGAGCAGCUUUGUGUGUUUCCAUGGAAUCACUGAGUGUUCUCCUUGUGACCCAAUUGUCACCUUCACUCGUAACUAUGCUGAUGAAGGGUAAGAGCUUUUUCUUCAUCAGUGUUUUGUUCUUAUGCUGCUUUUUUUUUUUUUAAGGUUUAUUUAUAAACCAUUUUUUCCCCCACUAAAGCCAGGAUUUCAAAAGUCGUACAGUACUCCUGUUCAUCCCCACCUUCGUUCUCUUCGGAUUAAGGGACAUUUGUUCCUGGGGCUGUGUUUAGGGUAGUAGGACAUCUUUCUCGGCUUCUGUGUCCGAGACUUCCUUAGAUGGGAAGAGGGUAGAAGACAAACUCUUGUGGUCAGGGGGCCAUGAAGCCCAUGGCAUUAUUUUUUCAAAACAUGUCUAGUUUUGUGGCCAAAGCAGUUGGUCUUAAUAAAAUGUGAAUUCUUCAUGAGUCACUUCUUCAUUUAGACCCAGGUCUUAGUGAGAAUGGAAGCAUGUCUGCCUUGUGUAUUAAUUUCCGGCCCAUUUUGCAAGAGCAGCUGUAAUAAGAGUUUAUGAAUGAAUUUUUAAGUUUUUAAGCUACUGUAAAUGUGGAAGUCCCAGAAUGGUUUUAAAUCUGGCAAGAUACAAUCCAUGUAGAUGAAGAUCCAUUAUUUUAAAAGGGAUUAUUAGGGUGUGGGGGGAAUGGUACAAAGGACACUCAGAAGGAUAUUGCAAAAUAUGGGGAGAAAUAAUUUGUGACAGAUAAAAGGUGCUCAUUGAAGAGAAGUAGCCGGAAAGGGGCCCCGGGACGUGGUUCUUAAAUGGAGAUCCAGGAAAUGAUUAGUGAUUUACUGAUAAGAUUGGGGGAAAUAGCCACCUAACAGUGCAAAACACAGCAUUUGAAGCAGCCAUCUCUAAUCAAGAAAGUGACUAGAGCACUUGACAUUGCGAUACCUUGGCUGUAAAAUUGAUAUUUUUGUCAAAGUGCUGUUUUCAGUUUUGUUAUAGGGCAGCUUACACUUACUUUCUCAUGAUGAGCCGCAGGCACUUGGUUCUUACUGAGAAUUCAUACCACCUGCUGCAUUUAUAUCUGUUUCUUAUUUUUGUAAGAUAGAUUUAUUUGGUCCAGUUACAGAAUGAAGGCCAUGUUCGAUUUUAUAUAAAUUAUCUCCCAAUCUCAGUUUAAGAGACAUUUUCAUUAUUGAGUCCCUUUCUUCCCUUAAGGUUAGGAAAAAAAAAAAAAUAGGGUAAAUUUUAAAACGAUGUCCCACAAGUCACUUUUAAACUUGGGUCAUAAUUGAGAUGUAUUGAACUCCAGUGGCCCUCCCCUCCGUUUUUCCUAUUAAGUUUGACAACAGUUUAUGAGGAAAAAAAAAUGUGAAAAAUAUUAGUUAUAAUGCUUUUGGAUUAUCCACUUAAAUUAUGUAUUUUCAUAUCACUCAGGUAAAGUUGGAAAUGACAGAGCACAGACAUCUAUUUUUUAAAUCAGUAGGGUAGAAAAUGAAAAGCACUUCAGUUUAUUUAUAUUACCAUAUAUGCAAUCAUCUUAGCGAGUCAGACGUAAUAUAUUCAUUUGUAUAGCGAAAUAAGUGCAUUCAUCCUAAUUAUAGUCAACACGGUUUUGCCAAAUGGCACAAAUAUACCUCCAUUUAUAUUUUGUAUCUUAAAAUUGUAGUUUAAAAAUAGGACAUGUAUACGCGACACUUUUUACGAAAAGUGCCAUAUAUACAUAUGUAACAGGGAUGACUGUGUUAACAUAAUUUAUAACAGUUUCUGUCAGUACAGUGAAUACUGAAAAUUCAAGUUGUUUUCAACACCUUCGGGUACAUUCAGGAUAAGAGAAAGUUAACCCAGUCUCAUAAUGUAAAUCAUAUUUUUGUUAUUUGCCAUAUUUUAUUUGAAGCAGUAAUACGGUUUUAUAACAGAUUUGAAUGUUACAGUACACAGUGUACUAGCCAUAGCAAGCAAACAUUUACAUUUGCUUUUUUUUACAGUAGAUUUCUUUUAGAGUAUACUUUCUAUUUUUCUGUACUGACAUAUGCAAUAAAUUGAUAACAUUAAAAGUUUGAUUAAUGUCUUAAGAUAGUUUGUAUUUAGUCUCUCCCCCCCCCCAAUUUUCUAUUAACCUAAAUGAUAUGGUAGAACAUUAAGGUUUCCUUAAUGGUUAAAUAAAUUUUCUGAAUUUGUGCAGAAGUUAAUGAAUUUUUAUUGUAAUAAUGCUGUGGACGGUAAGUGUAAGGUAGAUUUAUAUUCUCUUUUUUCGUAUUAUUCUCACACAGACAUUUAAUUUAAGCUAAUAGUAAAUGUUUUCUGUAUAUGGGCUGCUGGUGAAUGAAUAGGCCCCAAAGCAUUUGAUGAGUUAAAUGAAUCUGGGAAUGAAUAAAUUCUAAGUGUUCACAGUCCUGUGGCGUUCAGAUCUCGUAAGUGCCUUUUCACAAAAUUCUGGUCUUUUUUUUUUUUCUAUCCCAUUACUAUUGAGUUGAUGGUUUAAGAUGAUUAAAAAUGGCCUGAUACUCA